CGACAACGUUUGUGUCACCUUCUGGCGUCGUGUAACAAUGGUCAGCGUCGCUGUUAACUUUUCCCAAAUAUCGUUCGCCUAUUAUUUGUGAACAGUAUGGGAAUCCUGCAUACUUCCCAUGAAAGUGGAUCAGGAAUCUCUCUGCUGACCCCAGUUCCCACACCAUAGAUAACGUCAGCCUCUGCAAGGACAUAUUUGUUAGGCAGAUAGCUUACUAUGAAUGGUGAGUACCGCCAUGGUACUGGUGGCCAAGAGCCCUUUAAAUUCCAUUAGUAGGGCGAACAGCAUGAUGUGACUCGAAGCAGCCUUACGGGGCUUUGUCCAACCGUGUCCAACCGCAUCCUAUACUGGGAGAACACCAAACCAAAAGCAGCAAACAAAAUGAAAAUCCUCUGCCUUCAUGGCUACGGUACGGGGCCUGAUAUUCUGCGAUAUCAACUUUCAGGGUUGAUGCGAGAUGCUGACCCGAGCUGGGAGUUUCAUUUUCUCUCAGGUGAAGUUGAAUGCCCGCCUGCGCCAGGCAUUGAGAGCACUUUUCCACCUCCAUAUUACUGCUGGACGCGGUCCUUUGAUGCAGGGGAGAUUGAUGCAGCCCAUGCCUUGAUCGAAGAGGCCAUUGACGAGCAUGGCCCUUUCGACGGGGUUUUGGGAUUCAGUCAAGGCGCUGCACUCGCGAUUUCGUUCCUGCUCGAGCACAGAAUGGCAUAUCCAGAUGAGCUCCUACCUUUCCGUUUUGCAAUAUUUUAUUCGCCCACAAUUCCAUGCGCCGCGAAUGAAGCUUCCUGUCAGUCGGUAUUCGGUUCUCUUUCAUCAGUCGAUCAGCAACGUCUCCGCUCAGGGCAAGAUAAACAGAUUGCACAGCUUCCAGAACCAGUUCGUUCUGUCACCGAGAGCUUUGUGAAGGUGAUUAAGGGAACCAAGUCUAUAACACGCGAGCCGGUGUCAUUUUUCCUUGAUCGCCCGCUUGAUCUCGUCCCGUGCGUCCUGCAUCCAGACGUAGUACCAACACGUAUAACACUUCCAUCUGUCCACCUGCGUGGAAAGGAAGAUAUACCUGGGUUGGACGAUUGUGGCCUUCUCGUCGAGGCUCUUUGUGACUCUAAAACUCGGAAGUCAAUCAAACAUUCGGCUGGUCAUAAUAUACCGAGGUCAGGGCCAGAGAUAAGGCAAAUGCUGUCCGCCCUGGAAUGGGCUGUGGCGCAGAGCCAGCUACCAACACACUAAAGCAUCGUUCGCUCAUCUAAAUGCGGCCCUGUAUUCGCAUAAAGACAAUCGAGAUGCGACUACGCUGCUCUUUUAGUGACGUAAUCCUAUGAAUCCUAGUCGUGGUUAGUCACGGUUUCACCAUGGGGCUUUUCAAAGUUGCUAUAGUGGCACCAACUUGCGUGCAUGUAUGCGCCAGCGUUGUCUAUUAUAGAGACCUAGAGCAAGUCGCGAGAAGUCGAGAAAGGAAAGUCUUGACGUCAGUCAUACCUCUCAUAUGCAGGUCUCAAGGAUCAUCACUGCGACUAAAAGGUAGUUAAGAUCGGCAGAUUGUAGAAAGAACGUUUCUCGUACAGCAAGGGAUGAAGGCUGCCCCAUCUGGACUUUCUGAUCGUCGAGCCUAUACCACGGGUGAUGUAACUCACGUAUCUGUGGUCUCUUCUCCGGAAUGAUGGAGUGGGGGUUCAAGUGUAUAAAAAAGCCUAAAAUUCUCUC